CCGUGGCUGCGCGCCGCGCCGCCGCGCUGACACCCCCCCGCCCCCUGACCGCCGCCUAGCCCCGCCGCCCCGCCAUGAGGAUCGUGGAGGAGCAGCACCGGCUGAGCGUCGUGGAGGGCCCGUGGGAGCCGAACGCCGCCGCGCGCGAGGCGGUGGCCGCCGGCGCCCAGGAGGACCCCUUCUACAUCAUGGACCUCGGCGAGGUCGUGGCGCGCUACCGCCGCUGGACCGACCUCAUGCCGCGCAUAGAGCCCUUCUACGCGGUGAAGUGCAACGAUGAUCCCGUGCUCGUGGCGGCGCUGGCCGCGCUGGGCGCCGGCUUCGACUGCGCCUCGCGCGCCGAGAUACAGCUCGUCACCGACCUCGGCGUCGCCCCCGAGCGCAUCAUAUUCGCCAACCCGGCCAAGAUGGCGUCGCACAUGCGGCACGCGGCCGCGGUCGGCGUGCGCGCCGUGACGUUCGACUCCGAGAGCGAGCUGCUGAAGAUCAAGCAGUACAUGCCGGAGGCGCGGCUCGUGCUACGCAUCCGCUGCGACGCCGCCGCCGCGCAGUGCCCGCUCGGCAUCAAGUUCGGCUGCGACCCGGUCGAGGAGGCGCCGCGCCUACUGAAGCUGGCCGCCGUGCUCGACCUCGACGUGGCCGGCGUGGCCUUCCACGUGGGGUCGGGCGCCGGCGAGACCGCGGCGUACGCGCGCGGCGUGCGCCUGGCGCGCGCGCUCUUCGAGCUGGGCGCCGCGCUGGGGCUGCGCCUGCGGUUGUUGGACGUGGGCGGCGGCUUCCCCGGCCACGCCUCCUCAUCCGUCGCCGACGUGGCGGGCGUGCUGAAUGCGGCGCUCGAGCAGUACUUCCCCGGGCGCGACGUGCGCGUCAUAGCCGAGCCGGGCCGCUACUUCGCCGCCGCCGCGUACACGCUGGCGGCCGCCGUGCACGCCACGCGCGAGGUGCGCGGGCCGGCGGGCGAGCCGCACACCAUGUACUUCAUCAACGACGGCGUGUACGGCUCCUUCAACUGCGUGCUGUACGACCACGCGGCGGUGCGCUGCGAGCCGCUGACGGCCGGCGGCGAGGCGCGCGCCUGCUCCGUGUGGGGGCCGUCGUGCGACGGGCUGGACUGCGUGCUGCCGGCCGCCGCGCUGCCGCCACUGGCCGCCGGCGACUGGCUCGUGUUCCCGGACAUGGGCGCCUACACGAUCCCCAUCGCGUCGCCCUUCAACGGCUUCCCCGUGCCGACGGUGCGCCACUUCAUCGACGCCGGGCUCUGGGAGGAGCUGCGCGAGCGCAUGCCGCUGUCGGCGGCGCAGCUGGCGGUCGUGCGGCGCGCGCCCCCCGCGUCCCCCGCGCCGUCGCCGCCCGCGUCCCCGCCCCCCGCGCCGCCGUCGCCGCCGCCCGUGCGCCGCGUGUUCGUGGAGUGCGCGCUCAAGUGACCGCGCGCCGCCCGGGGCUGACCGCACACGCCGCGCUACUCGCGAUCUCCCCGCGCGGCUUCUCAAUAGUGUCGUGUCCAGCGAUAGUUUUCCACGAGGUUUUUUUGUAUCACCAUUCCGUAACAUUCGGCCUGUAUUAAUUUUCGUCGCGGGUUUGCUGACAAUAAUUUUCCUAGUCGCUUGUCGUAGGAGCUUCACUUCGCAGUAUUGUAUUUCCGCACUUUGUUUAAUCCAAGGACUCAUAUGAAGCUGUGACCUAAUAAUGUUUGACUCAAUUGCACAAAGUGUAUCGCCUCUGCUCGUUGACGUAAUGAUUGUGUGACCGUAGUGUUAGCGCUCGCCGGCGGCCGGCAUCACCCCUACACCAGGAUCAGCCCCAGUAAUAAAAAAAACAUAAAAAUCACAUUUUAUGCAAUUUAAUAAAAUAUGUAUGUUUUUUUGAUUUGACUAACCGUGAUUGCUUUGACGAAUGUUUGUUGCUUUUAUUAUAACAUAUUUGGUAACCAUUUUUUCAUUAUUUUUAUUAUUUUACAUUCCUAUGUUAUAAAUUAUCAUGUCCUUACUUUUUAUGUGACUGUGAGACAUAUUAUGUUAUUUUUACGUUUUCUUGUUUUAUUUAAAUUGAUUGGCCAAAACUGUUUACAUAUUAAUUAUGAAGUUAUUAUAUUGCUUAAAAUGUA